CGCGAGCGCGGGGCGGUGCCUUUUGAGUCAGGGCUUCUAGCAAUCACCAGCGCCAGCAUCUAUUAAUACUAACCUCCAGUGGGGGAAGAGCAGGCCAGCGGCGGAGCCGUGCGUCUCAGGACUAGGGAGGCCUCGGAGCUCCUCUGACCCGCUUGAUCGAGGAAAGGCGCCCUCUGACCCGCUUGAUUGAGGAAAGGCGCGGAAACCCCGGCCCGCCGCCGCCGGUGUCCACGCAUGCACGCAAGGGCAGCUGGGCGGCUCGCAGCUGUCUUGAGCUUCCGCCGCCAGUGCGGGAGGCUUCGGGAGCAGGUCCCGCCAGCGGCCAGAGGCUUGCCAGCUCCCAACAUGGUGGCGGCGGCGUCAGGGAGGGCGGUGCCACAUGGCGUAGCAGCCAAUGAUCUUCCGGGCUGCGCCGCCGGCAGCACAGGAGAGGCGGAAGUGCCGCGGGGCCGCCUUCCCUGUCCCGGCUGCGGCCCCUGCCGGUUACAUAAUCUGUCGCGGGGGACCGCGCAGUCCCACGUCCGGCUUCCCGGCUCCCCCAGGAUGCGCUGAGCCUUGAGACACCGUCCGCUGCCGCCGGCUCCCGUCCGAGGUGUGAAUGACAGAGGUGGUGCCUUCCAGCGCCCUCAGCGAGGUCAGCCUGCGCCUCCUCUGCCACGAUGACAUAGACACUGUGAAGCACCUGUGUGGCGACUGGUUUCCCAUUGAGUACCCAGACUCAUGGUAUCGUGAUAUCACAUCCAACAAGAAGUUCUUCUCCCUUGCUGCAACCUACAGAGGUGCCAUUGUGGGAAUGAUAGUAGCUGAAAUAAAGAAUAGGACCAAAAUCCAUAAAGAGGAUGGAGAUAUUCUAGCCUCCAGCUUCUCUGUGGAUACACAAGUUGCAUACAUCCUCAGUCUGGGAGUGGUGAAAGAGUUCAGGAAACACGGCAUAGGACCACUGCAAAGCCAUCUACCUGCAUGUUCUCACCACCAACAAUACAGCAAUAAACUUCUAUGAAAACAGAGACUUUAGGCAGCAUCACUAUCUGCCCUACUACUACUCCAUUCGAGGGGUCCUCAAAGAUGGCUUCACCUAUGUCCUCUACAUCAAUGGCGGCCACCCUCCCUGGACCAUUUUAGACUACAUCCAGCACCUGGGCUCAGCACUAGCCAACCUGAGCCCCUGCUCCAUCCCACACAGGAUCUACCGCCAGGCCCACAGCCUGCUCUGCAGCUUUCUGCCAUGGUCCAGCAUUUCCACCAAAGGUGGCAUAGAGUACAGCCGUACCAUGUAAUGCCAUUGGGGCAGCCUCCACCAGGCCUCUGUCCUCAGCACUUUGUGGAACCUGUUUUCCUGUCUGUCUGACUUUUGCUGUCCUUUUCGAGGAGCUGGUGGCCACCUGCCGGCCCAUCAGCCUGCCCCAGCUGCAGGCCCGGUGCUAUGCUGGCUCAGGAGCAGAAUAUAUACUGGUCAUCAACAGGCUCUCCUUUUUACCUGGAGUCCUUGCCCUGCCUCCAUGCCCUGGCACCACCCAAUGGCCUGGCAGGUGUGUCUACAUUCACUGGGAAAGGGCUUGCCAGGCUUCUCUGCUCCUGCUCCUUCAGCUCCUUCCUACAAGAUGGACUGAAUUUUGCUGAAAACGUGGACAUUUUGACCCUGAAGACACAGGAACCUUAGAAUAAAGAGGCACAGCAAGGAGAAUGUCAGUUUUUGUUUAGGAAUGCCCUAAAGAAGUAUAGAUGGAAGCGUUCUUACUCCUCCAUGAAAGGCUGGAAACGGGGAAGAGAAAGAGGGGCUGGCCCUUCACAAGAAUUUAAAGCUUCAGGAAUCAGUCCUCUGCAUAGACAGUUAGAUGGACAGUUCCCUGUUCCCAGUGUUCUGCCCACUUCUUCCGUCCAGAAGGACCAUCCUGCCUGUUGAAUCCUGGCAUGCUCCACAUAGCGACCACACUGGGAGCUGGGCCAAGGACAGGUAGCUGUUGGCUUCUGGAUUCCUUCCAUGCUUAUCCUCUAGAAGCUGAAACUUCAAGGCCUGGGCUAAUGCAGACAGGAGGUGGCUGAGCUCUGUGUUGACAUCUUUGCUACUGUGGACCCAUGGGACCUGGCCUUGGGAGUAGCAGCUGGUGCCUGUGGUCCUUCAGCCUCUGCGGCAGAGGCUUCUGUCAGUACCAUGAAUUGUGCUUGCAGCAGACAUCUCAAGUUUCCAGCAUCCCUUCCCUUGUGCCCUCAAGUGUUUGCUGUCACAGUCCUGCCCAGAAUUGCUGCAGUAUGACAGGAGCCCUUCAGGGUGUCCACAGCCCCUCACUGUGCCAGGCUGAUGAAAAACAGCUUUAUUGACAGGCCUCAUUACUGAGUGCUUCCUCCCUCAGCGUCCUCCCUCAGCAUCUCCUGGCUCAGGGCUCUCAGGCUGUAGAGCCAGCCAAAGGCUGCCUGGCCUCAGAGGGGGAAGGGUCCCCACAAAGGAAUAGCAAGGCAGUAAAGUAUCCCCCUCCCUCAACAGAACUAGCCAGCAGGUAGCCAGUCCUGACUAGUUUUGGUUGUGUGCUGAGGCCCCAGCCCUGCAUCCUCUCCCUUUUCAGUCAGUGCUGAUCAUGUGAUUUUCAUUUCUGCCCUGUGUAGUCAAGGAAGAGUCUUCCAGAAGGUUCUCACUUGGGCAUUCAUAAAUCCAUCUCAAAGGCCUCUACCUGUCUCCCUUUAGUCCCAUAAUCAUUGCAGUGUUCAGCCCAGUGUUGAACAAAUUGUAGCGUGUAGUCUCAUUACAAAUAAAUAGACUUUCAUUAGUCUCA